UGUGUGUGUGUGUGUGUGUGUGUGUAUACACAUAUAUAAACAUACAUUUUUUUUUUUAAGUGUAGUGAGCUUUUCAGUGAACAGAAUUAAUCAGGAGUAUACUGGAUCUUACACGCAAUUAGAAUGAAACCAGAACUUCUGAACUAAACAGGAAUCCAGGCCGAGCUUUUUAUCUUUAUUAGAAAUCAGUAAAAAUGUAUAUAUUAGGACCAAUAACAUAGUCCCCUUUCAACUACAGACUAUUGUUUAGCCUGAUUUCCAGGGUUAAACAAGAAAAAAAUAAUAAAAAUCCUUGUGUUGCUAUUGCUAUUACUUGAGCAGGUUUUUCCAUCACAGUACUUAAUUAAUAAUGGUAUGUUGUGACACAUUUCACCUUAAUUCAUAAAUUGCAGCUCCUGCGAUCUGGAUAUUGCUCUUUUGCAUAUUGCAAUUUUGACAAUAUUUGUUAAAUUUUAUUCUUAUUUGAACUUCUUCGAACUUCUUUUUCAAUUUUGCUUUUCAUUGAGUAGGUACAAGCUAUUCACCAGUCUUGUGUAAAGAAAAGGUAGUGUUUAUUAAAUGAUCAUUCACCAGAUAUGACCUGUAGUGUUCCAGUUAUGCCAUCUGAAGGUGUGGGGAUGAGAUCAGCUGUACAAAGUGUAUUGAAUUCUGCACUGUGGCCGUGGAGUUUGACACAAAAUUGCAUCAAUGUUGACCAGCGGACCUUGACAAUAAAACUUGUGGGUCAUAAAGUCCACUCUUCAUCCCAGAUCUUGGUCAGUGGUAGAGCUCCCCAAGGACAUUCACUCCUGCUUGAUUGCCUGCAGUCAGGAAAUACUGUUUAUAUUCAGUCAUACCGACGAAGACAACAGACAUCUGUGUCAUGUAACGGCUGCAUGAAAACCCACCCUCAUGUCUACCGCCUAAAGUUUGACUGCUCUGGGACAGGAACUGUGUCCACCCUCGUAGCGUUAGAGGAUUUAAUGCGUCAAGUUUCCGGAACAAAGUCACAAGUUACCCGAUUGGUCUUCAAAAUAAAAGCAUAAAAUUGUAAAGCGUAAAGGGAUAACCUAGGGCGUGUAUGGGUUCGUUUUAUUAUGAAAGUGUUUACCCGGAUGUGGCGGCAGUCUUGUGUCGGGGAACCUGACGGCUGACCGCAGGAUCCUCCUCGGCUUCAGGGAGCAAAAUCAACUUUCCAAUGAGAUGAUAUUGAAGCGCCCCACACUGCCGGGAACAGGUUACGGAGAAGUUACGGUUCCGUUCUUGUUUUUGUUAAGUUUAUGGCGGAUGGGAUGAAAGCGAGACUUCAGCGACUCAACCUGUUCAACCUCAAGCCAGAACAGAAAGAUGUCCCUGAGAUUAUCAGCACGUUGAGGCAGGCUGGCAAAAGCUCAGCACGCAGCAAUGACAUCACCACCGUUUCCAGCAAGACUUCCACAGGUCCUAGAAGCAGCGAUUCCUCUGAAACAUGCUUUUCCUCCCUCUCCACCACGAUGAGCUCAGUGGCACCCACUGCUGCUGUGUCUCCAACGGCCUUUGCAAAGAAAUUUGAGGUACUGUUCUGUGGCCGUGUCAGCGUUGCUCACAAGAAAGCCCCACCUGCCCUAAUUGAUGAAUGCAUCGAGAAAUUCAGCCAGCUCCAUGGCUCAGGGACUACUGAUAAAGGAGGAAGUAGUGGGGGAUUGGUAGGCGGACUAAGGAGGGCAUUAACCUUUCAGUCCAAUGGAGUGGGAGGUGGUGCUGUUGGUAAUGGUCCUACAGGGAGCCCCAGCACUGGAAAGCGUCCUGUUCUGUUCAAGCGAGAUCCCAGCUUCCCCUGCCUGCAGGCCCUGGAUGAGAAUGGUCUUUCACCAGAGAUUUCUAACACCAACACUACUGAUCCACUCGCCGGAUCCGCUGAGGUACAGCCGACCAGCCUGCAGGAGAACAGGACCAUGCUGUUUACGGUGGGCAGGUCCCAGAUCUUCUUGGUUAGCCCUGACACUAAGAAAGUUGCGAUAGAGAAGAGUUUCAAAGAAAUCUCCUUCUGCUCACAGGGUAUUCGUCAUGUGGAUCACUUCGGCUUCAUUUGCAGGGAGACUGUGGAGGGAGGAAGCUGUCACUUUGUGUGCUAUGUCUUCCAGUGCACUGAUGAAUCACUGGUAGACGAGAUUAUGCUGACUCUGAAGCAAGCGUUCUCUGUGGCAGCCCUGCAGCAGAAUGCAAAGACCCAGAGCCAGCAGUGUGACAGCUGCCCCAUGCAGCAGCUCCAGAGACUGUGUGAGAGGAUAGAAGGUCUACACCCAUCUAAGACCAAACUGGAGCUUCAGAGAUACUUGGCCACUUUGGACAAUCAGGAGCAAGCUUCCAUCUUUGAAAACACUAUGCGGGCUCGUCCUAAGAGCGAUCAGGAAGAGAAUGAGUUGGUGAUGGCCUCUUUGAGGAACCUCUAUGAGGAGAGACAGAAGAGUCAUCAGCACACGUUGCCUGGAGAUGCCAAAUUGGUGUGUGAGGAUGCAGCUCCAGCACCUGUGGAAGUGCAGCAGCAGAGCAGCAGUCGGCAACGACUUGAGCAGUUCAAGAGCCGAGCCAAACGCUCUCUGACUGAAUCCCUGGAAGGCAUCUGGAAGGGGAGCAGCAAGGCCAGAGCUCAGAGGGACAACAGUGAAGGAAGUGAUAGUGGCUCCUCUGUUUGUACUGUCAACAGCAGCCAGGACCAGCCCUGCAUAGAUGACCCAUUGUCUUCCUCUUUUCACACAAGGCCCACCAGCCCACUCAGAUGCCACAACUCAACAGGAGACCUCAAGCACCUUGACACCUCUCGUUCCCUGUCACCAUCCUCCUCCUCUUUACCCAGUGAUGCUCAGCCACAGGGCUUCCGCCGGCGGGCCAGCACCUUCAGUCACCCCCCUACCCCCUCCUCAGGACUCGAGUACUCCCCGGUGCAGAUACUGAUUAACAAGCCACAGGAGCCUUCAGCAGCUAGCAAGCCCAAGCUCGUACGACACUACUCCGUCAGCACAGACUCCCCACACCAGAGCAAAAAUGUCCCAACCGACUGUAGCCUUCCUCCUAUUCCUCCCUGCCCUUCCUCCCACUCUCCUGUCCUCCUCCAUCCUCCUUCCUCACCUUCUGCUGGAGCCCGGCUCAAUAGAAGAAGCCCUCUGGGUGGUCUACGUGCUCGUCUCCACUCCUCCUCCUCUGUCCCUAAUUUUCUGAAAUUUCAAUUUCUGGCCCCUGUCCACGAGAAUGAAUAUGCUGAACCAAAGAACAGUGAUGUAGCAGCUCUCUCUACACCAAAUGCAACAUUUGCGGUGGGGGAAAGUCCUCUGCGCAGCCAUCGCCACUCCUGGAGGCAGCAGAUCUUCCUACGGGUCGCUACUCCUCAGAAAGGCACAGACGGCAAUGAGCGGGUGGAUCCCUGUCUAGAGGGAGGUCGGAUGUGUGUGGGCCAGGCGGUGGUUGGAGGAGGUGGAGACUCAUCCAUGAGAGCGGUGCCUGAGGAGAGGACAAAGAGGAGCAAAGAGGAGCUGAGGGAACUGUGGAGGAAGGCCAUCCUGCAGCAGAUCCUGCUGCAGAGGAUGGAGACGGAGAACCAGAAGCUACAAGCCUCAGAGAGCGAUCUGCAGAACAAGCGUCUGAAGUUGGACUAUGAGGAAAUAACUCCAUGUCUAAAGGAGGUCACUCUGGUGUGGGAGAAAAUGCUGGGAACUCCUGGGAGAGCAAAGGUCAAAUUUGACACUGACACCAUACAUGCUGCAGUUGCACAAGGUGUCCCGAGGCAGCAUCGAGGUGAGAUCUGGAAGUUUCUCUCUGAACAGUACCUGCUCAGGCAGACGGUUCCGUCCCGACCGCCUUCCAAUCACACUCCGUACAAAGAGCUGCUGAAACAACUCACCUCGCAGCAACACGCCAUCCUCAUAGAUCUGGGUCGCACUUUUCCCACUCAUCCAUAUUUCCAGGCCCAGCUAGGGGCAGGACAGCUGUCCCUGUAUAAUAUACUGAAAGCCUACUCACUGCUUGACCCCGAGGUGGGCUACUGCCAGGGACUGUCCUUCAUUGCUGGAGUGCUGCUUUUACACAUGGGGGAGGAGGACGCCUUCAACAUGCUCAAAUUUCUAAUGUAUGAUGUCGGGCUCCGCAAACAGUACAGGCCUGACAUGAUUAUCCUGCAGAUUCAGAUGUACCAACUGUCACGGCUGCUCCAUGACUACCACAGGGAUCUUUACAGCCACCUAGAGCAGCAGGAGAUUGGGCCCAGUUUGUAUGCCACCCCCUGGUUCCUCACCGCCUUCGCCUCACACUUCCCUCUUGGCUUUGUGGCCAGAGUCUUCGACAUGUUGUUCCUGCAGGGGUCAGAGGUGGUCUUCAAGGUGGCUCUGAGCCUGCUGGGGAGCCACAAGCCUCUGAUCCUGCAACAUGACAACCUGGAGUCCAUAGUGGACUUCAUCAAGACGACGCUGCCCAAUCUGGGUCUGGUGCAGAUGGAGAAAACAAUCAACCAGGUGUGUGAGAUGGAUGUUUCCAAGCAGCUGCAGGCCUAUGAGGUGGAGUACCAUGUGCUGCAGGAUGAGCUGCUGGACACGCCUCCAACCCUCAACCAACACCAGCGAGCUGCGCAGCUGGAAAGGACCAAUCAGAGCCUCCGACAGCAGAAUCUUGACCUGCUUGAGGAGUUGCAGGUGUCCCAGGCCCGAGUCUGCAGCCUGGAGAGUCGUGUGGAGGCUUUGGUGCAGUCGGAGGGUCAGCUGAAGGAGCAGGUUUCUGCGCUGGAGGAGGAGAAGCAGCAGCUGGCGAGCACCGUCGCUCGCCUCCACGACCUCCUCACCAACCUCGGCAUACAUCCUGAUGGACACACACUCCCCCCACCCUCUGAGAAACACGCAGUCGCAGCAGCGUCGAAGCUGGAAAUCAGCGAGAGGCUGGAUAACAGGACUGUGGACUCUCUGCUCCACCCGCUGGUUCUUCCAAAGGCUUCAUAACUGCAACUUAUAAUUUUUCAAAUGGCAAGUUUGUCUGAAAGAGGAGCCAGGUGUGAAAGACCCAGAAGCAUUUACUAAAAAAGAGGAAAGACAAGAGUUCGUUGGACCUAAACAGGGGUUAGAAGAGAGAGAAAUCUAAAGGAAAGCACCCUCUUCCUUCAGUCUAGCAAAUAUAAAUAGGCAUGUGAUUUGACUAAUCCCCAAAGAAAGCACUGUCCCACUGGGCCUCUACUGUAAAACAAACAAAUUUGCACCUGUACUUGUAUGUUUGCAUCUUUGAAAGCACUCCUGUUUUUUACCAGUGGGUUUGUUUGACUGUGUGGGAUGCAACGCAGCCAAAGAUCAUCCUUACUGAUGUUCAACAAGCUCAAAGAACAAAGACUCCACUCUACAGUAUUCUGAAACAUGACAAUGAUCACUGUUACACAUAAUAAUUAAUAAAUAAAAGGUUCUCCCAAAGAAAAAAUAGAAGGAGAGAAGUGUAACAAGAAAGUGAGAUGAAGGGACGAGUGAAGAAAAAACUUCAUGACAAGUGUUUUUUUUUUUGUUUGUUUGUUUUUCUGUUAUAUGACAUUAGCUAAAUAAUGUUAAAUCUCAGACGGUGGUGCUCAUAUUCAGAGGUCAGAGGUGAGCUAUUUUCAAUUCUUCCUCCGUAUUUCUAGUCUUCCACAGUUUUGUUUCCUGACGCUGUACAUUUUAGAGUUCAUUUAGCUCCAGUAGCUCACAGGAAGAGCGACACAAUCAAUCCAGUCCAUUUCACAUCCUGUUUUUUCACCUUUGAAUACGCGUCGAUUCAUCUGUGUCGAUGGGAAGAUCUGAAAGGGUUGCAUUUCCUUUCUCGUGAAGGGGAAAUACAGACUUUUACCAAUCGACUGCUUAUAAUUACCGAAAAAGACACUUCAAAUGGGAAACCUCUGCUGUUGAGACAAUCUGUCACCUAUAAAUCAUUUACUGUAUUCAACACACUGAAUUCCUUCAACUCGAGCUGCAGCUUGGUGUGUUUCUGUGCGACUGUUUGAAUGUUAUUGUGCGUCUGUGUUCCUCACUGAUCUGAACAAAUCUGUUGAUUUACACUAAAGAUAUUUUGCUUUUACCCCUGACUCUAUUUGCACAUGUUUUCUGUUUUAUUGAUUAUUACCGUUGUUGUUAUUCUGUACUUUAAAAUACAUUUCAUGUACUUUCA